AUGGCCGUUCUCGGCGUGCCGUUUCUCGUCAACUUUGCGCUGCUCGUCAUCCCAGUCGGCGUGACGCUCGCCAUCCUCUUUGGCAUUGACGCCCAGCGCUCCUCCGUCGGCGAUGCGCCUAUCUACACCCCGCAGCCCAGCGGCGGCGCCGGCUCCGACGGCGGCGGCGGCACGGGAAAUAAGCUCACGACGAAGACGUACUGCCAAAAGUCAUACGGUAUCACGCCAAUCACAAAAGGCCAGGAAUUCACACUGAACCCUAACCAGUGGGGCUGGGAUCCUACCGAAGGUGGUGGUCUUUGUAUGAAUGUCACCACAUACGACAACAGCACGUAUCCGACCAAGACCACCGCACCUGCCUGGUCCAUCACCUGGGAGUAUCCGCAAGGCCCCGAGAGCCAGCCUGUGCACGCAUUUCCCAACGUUCUGGUGGACGGCGGUGUCUUCCCGGCCACUGUUGAGUCCCUGGCCCAUAUCGGUCUCGACGUCGAGUGGACGUAUGGUGUCGGCAACAAAACCGCCGCAACAACCGACGAGUCCGGCCUGACCGCCGACAACGUCAACGCCAACGUUGCCGUUGAUAUGUUCCUGGACAAGGACCAGGCCAAGUCGGGAGACAGCUCCAAGGCGGCGUACGAAGUCAUGGUGUGGUUUGCCGACUUUGGCGCUGCUGCACAGCCCAUUGGCCUCGCCACCGGUGCUGUCGCAACGGAAGUGCUUAACGGCACCACGUUCAGCCUCUACUACGGCACCAACAGUCUGAAGCAGAACGUGCUGACGUGGCUGGCCUCUGAGACCACUGAUAAGUUCAAUGGUGACCUGCUACCACUCUUUACAAAGCUAUUCUCGCUGAAGAAUGCCAACUUCCCCAGUGCCAGCGAUUAUCUCGGCUAUUUUGCCUUUGGGUCGGAGGCCUACUACUCCACCGACUAUGUGACCUUUUCUGUACCCAAGCUGUCCAUUGAUGUGACGACGUCAUAA